CUCCAGCUCCUGCCGCAGGUCCUCCAGGCACCGUCCCUGCGCCGACACCCUGGAGAUUGGGAUGCUCUUGUCCAAAAUCAACUCGCUUGCCCACCUGCGCGCCGCGCCCUGCAACGACCUGCACGCCACCAAGCUGGCGCCCGGCAAGGAGAAGGAGCCCCUGGAGUCGCAGUACCAGGUGGGCCCGCUACUGGGCAGCGGCGGGGACGGGUGCGGCCCCGUCUCCUCAGGCAUCCGUGUCGCCGACAACUUGCCGGUGGCCAUCAAACACGUGGAGAAAGAUCGGAUUUCAGACUGGGGGGAGCUGCCCAAUGGCACCCGAGUGCCCAUGGAAGUGGUCCUACUGAAGAAGGUGAGCUCGGGCUUCUCCGGCGUCAUUAGGCUCCUGGACUGGUUCGAGAGGCCCGACAGUUUCGUCCUGAUCUUGGAGAGGCCCGAGCCGGUGCAAGACCUCUUCGACUUUAUCACGGAAAGGGGGGCUCUGCAGGAGGAGCUGGCCCGCAGCUUCUUCUGGCAGGUGCUGGAGGCCGUGCGGCACUGUCACAACUGCGGGGUGCUCCACCGCGACAUCAAGGACGAGAACAUCCUCAUCGACCUCAAUCGCGGCGAGCUCAAGCUCAUCGACUUCGGGUCGGGGGCGCUGCUCAAGGACACGGUCUACACGGACUUCGAUGGGACCCGAGUGUACAGCCCUCCAGAGUGGAUCCGCUACCAUCGCUACCACGGCAGGUCGGCGGCCGUGUGGUCCCUGGGGAUCCUGCUCUACGACAUGGUGUGCGGAGAUAUCCCUUUCGAGCACGACGAGGAGAUCAUCCGGGGCCAGGUUUUCUUCAGGCAGAGGGUCUCUUCAGAGUGUCAGCAUCUCAUUAGAUGGUGCUUGGCCCUGAGACCAUCUGAUAGGCCGUCCUUCGAAGAAAUCCAGAACCAUCCGUGGAUGCAAGACGUCCUCCUACCCCAGGAAACUGCUGAGAUCCACCUGCACAGCCUGUCUCCAGGACCCAGCAAAUAGCAGCCUUUCGGGCAGGGCAGGUCCUUCCCUCCCUGUCAGAUGCCCCAGGGAGGGGAAGCCUCUGUCUCCGAGAACCAGAGAACACUUCCCGCCAAGCAGGACAGUGCUUGAUACAGGAACAACAUUUACAACUCAUUCCAGACCCCAGGGCCUGGAGGCUGCUUCCCAAGGGGGGAAGAGACUCCGCUCCAGGCGUCCUAGGCCUCAACCCCUCCCGUAGAUGCUCUCUCCUUCCCGUAGAUGUCCGGGCGUUGGCUGGGCUCUGAAAAUUCCCUGGGGGGCGGGGGGUGGGGGUGGGUCGGAGCCCACCAUGGAACUGUCCCCUUCGUCCUGAGCUCUGCUGAAUGCCGCGAUGGGUCGGGGAGGGGGGGGAACAGGUUGGGAUGGGAUAGGACUAGCACCAUUUUAAGUUCCUGUCACCUCUUCCGACUCUUCUGAGUGCCUUCUGUGGGGACUCCGGCUGUGCUGGGAGAAAUACUUGAACUUGCCUCUUUCCUGCUGCUUCUCCAAAAAUCUGCCUGGGUUUGGUUCCCUGUUUUUCUCCCCCUCCCCUCUCCUUUACAUGAAAGGUGCCAUGGAAGAGGCUACAGGGCCAAACGCUGAGCCACCUGCCCUUUUCCUGCCUCUCUUAGUAAAACUCGGAGCGAACUGGUCUUCCUCUUUAGUUUUUACUUAACUGUUUCCAAGCCAAGACCUCACACACAAAAAAUGCACAAACAAUGCAAAUCAACGGAAAAGCUGUAAAUGUGUGUACAGUCGGCAUGGUAGUCUACAAAAGGAUUGUAGUUGAUCUAAUUUUUAAAAAAAAGUGUUGCCUUUAAGUUAUUUUACCUGUUUCUCUCUCUCUCUCUUUUUUUUUUUUCUGGUUUUGAAAGAUGAGCAUUCUAACCUGGAGGUCAAUGUUAUGUAUUUAUUUAUUUAUUUAUUUGGUUCCCUUCCUGCUCCAAGCUUCCACAGCUGCUGCCCUCAUUUUCUUCCUUCCUUUCCUCCUCUGACUUGGGGACCUUUCGGGGAGGGCUGCAACGCUUGCUCUGUUUGUGGGGUGAUGGGACUCAGGCCGGACAGCUGCCACAGCUCCCUGACUCCGCGGGGCUCCGCACCCACUUACCCCAGUGGGUCGGGCUCCGUGGUGGUGGGGGAUGGCAUUGCUGACUCGUGUACAUAGGGUAGAGAUAAGAAAAAGCAGUUCUGGAUGGUGUGCCUUCCGGAUCCUCUCUGGGGCUGUGUUUUGAGCAGCAUGUAGCCUGCUGGUUUUAUCUGAGUGAAAUACUGUACAGGGGAAUAAAAGAGAUCUUAUUUUUUUUUUUUUUUUAUACUUGGCGUUUUUUGAAUAAAAUCUUUUUGUCUUAA